UAUUGUGAUGAUAAUACUGGUACGCAGCGCAUACGGAGUUGUGCCCUGUAUUCUCCCAAAACCCUAGAACCCCGCACACACACUCUCCAUCUCUCACAGAAGCGGUUAUGGCGGAGAAGAAAAGGCUGAUAGCCUUAGGUUUCGAGGGCUCUGCCAACAAAAUUGGGGUUGGGGUGGUAACAUUGGACGGCAGCAUUCUGUCUAACCCACGACACACUUACAUCACUCCACCGGGCCAAGGCUUUCUCCCCAGAGAAACCGCUCAGCACCACCUCCAGUAUGUGCUGCCUCUCGUAAAGUUAGCGCUGGAAGAGGCUAAGAUUACGCCCCAAGACGUUGACUGCCUCUGUUACACCAAGGGACCUGGCAUGGGCGCCCCACUCCAGGUAUCAGCUGUAGUGAUACGUGUUCUAUCCCAAAUUUGGAAGAAGCCAAUUGUUGCAGUUAAUCACUGUGUAGCGCAUAUUGAAAUGGGGAGAAUAGUUACUGGGGCUGAUGAUCCUGUUGUGUUGUAUGUUAGUGGGGGAAAUACUCAGGUAAUUGCGUACAGUGAGGGCCGAUACCGUAUUUUUGGGGAGACAAUAGAUAUUGCUGUUGGAAAUUGCUUGGACAGAUUUGCACGAGUUCUCACUCUGUCUAAUGACCCCAGUCCUGGAUACAACAUUGAGCAGCUUGCAAAGAAAGGAGAACAGUUUAUAGACCUUCCAUAUGUGGUGAAAGGAAUGGAUGUGUCUUUUAGUGGGAUAUUGAGCUAUAUCGAAGCAACCGCGGAAGAGAAGCUUAAAAAUAAUGAAUGCACCCCUGCAGAUUUAUGUUAUUCUCUGCAGGAAACUUUGUUUGCAAUGCUUGUUGAGAUUACGGAGAGAGCUAUGGCACAUUGUGACAAGAAGGACGUUCUAAUUGUUGGCGGUGUAGGAUGCAACGAGCGCUUACAGGAGAUGAUGCGCAUUAUGUGUUCUGAGAGGGGUGGGAAGUUAUUUGCAACUGAUGACAGAUAUUGCAUUGAUAAUGGAGCAAUGAUUGCUUACACAGGGCUCCUUGCAUAUGCCCAUGGCAUGACAACACCACUAGAGGAAUCUACUUUUACCCAAAGAUUCAGAACAGAUGAAGUACUAGCAAUAUGGAGAGGGAAGGAAUCUUCUAAAGUGAAUGACCAUGAAACAUAAAGAAGCUGAAAAAGGUCAACCAGGAUUUAUAUUCUAUGCCAGAGAUCCAAUCCUUGUUUUCAACAUCAUCUCAAUGAAGUUGUUGUGUAUCUGGAAUUGGUCAUGUAUUAAGUAUUGGAUUAACUGUAUCUCCAUUUUCAAACACAUUUACUCUGUUCAUAAAUUGUCUAUCUACUAAUUUAUUAGGAAUCUUGGGGUUAUCUUCA